GAUAUUGAGCCAAUGUUUCUCUCUGUCGCUGCUCUGGCUUGCUUUUAUAACUUACACUGUUACUAGUUUUAUUCCUUUUUGUCAUGUAACUCCACACACGGGUUUUACUGGCACAGAUGAGUCAGCGAGACACAUUUAACAACCAGGGUUCAAACGAGAGCAAAGUGACACUUCCAAGUGCAGCUUUAGCUGGUUAGCUUUGAGAGUGAUUUCAGAUGGACGGCGCUGAACCAAACGGCCUUCCUCACUGCAGGCGUCAUUAUCUUGCCUUGGAUGAAGCUCAGCUGGAUGUUCUGGGCCACAAGGUACAAAAGACUUCCCCUUCAUUUUUGGAAAGGGUGAAGGCACAGUGUUGGUGUUCUGGUUCCCGGGUGAGGAGCCUGUCGUUGGGCUUUUUUCCUGUCCUGUCAUGGCUGCCUCACUACUCCAUCAGAGAAAACGCUGUUGGAGAUCUGGUAUCUGGCAUCAGUGUGGGGAUCAUGCAGCUGCCGCAGGGAAUGGCGAACGCCAUGUUGGUGGGAGUCCCUCCAGUGAUCGGGCUCUACACUUCCUUCUAUCCUCUGAUCAUCUACUUCAUCUUCGGCACUUCCAGACACCUCUCCAUUGGUACGUUCGCCGUUCUGGCCAUUAUGAUUGGCUCUGAGACAGCUAACGUGGAGUUGCCUAGCAACGGAGAUGAAGAAAAUCAGUUGGCUGUGGAAGCGGCCAAAGUGAACAUAGCUACACAACUCACCUUCCUCUGUGGCCUCAUACAGCUCCUGCUGUACCUGCUGCAUGGCGGCGGUGUGUGUCGCUGGUUGUCUGACCCCGUCAUCAGAGGCUACACCACAGCAGCAGGUCUGCAUGUGAUCAUCCUGCAGCUGCCACUGAUGACGGGAAUACCCGCGCAGAGACACACCGGGCUGCUGCCUUCGGCACGGACUUUAAAGGAUGUUCUGGUUGGAGUCAGCAGUGUCGUACCAGCAACUCUGAUAGUCUCCCUGGUGUCAAUGGGGAUGUUGAUCGGAGGCAAGAUGCUGAACGAGCGUUUUAAGGAGAAGCUGCCUGUCGCCAUUCCCUGGGAACUUCUACUGAUCAUCCUGGGCACCAUCCUGUCCGUGCAGAUGGAUCUGGCUGGACAGCACAGAGUCCAGGUGGUAGGACACAUCCCAAGUGGCCUGUCUCCUCCAGUCCUUCCCUCGCUGUCUCAGUUCAGAGAGUUGUUUAUUCCUGCCCUGGCUGUUGCCCUGGUCGGCUUCAGCUUCCUCUCAGCCAUGGGCUCAGUGUUCGCCCUCAAACACGACUACCAGGUGGACCCCAGUCAGGACCUGCUGGCUCUGGCGCUCUGCAACGUCAUCGGAGGAAUGUUUCAGUGUUUCGCCGUCAGCUGCUCCUUUUCUCGCAGCAUGGUCCAGGAAAGCAUCGGCGUGAAAACGCAGAUGGCAGGUCUGAUAUCAGCGCUGAUGAUUCUGACCAUCUUGCUGAAGAUUGGUCCUCUCUUUGAGCAGCUGCCAAAGGCGGUGCUGGCUGUUAUCAUCGUGGUGAACCUGCAGGGCCUACUGGCUCAGUUCAGAGAUGUGUGUCUGCUCUGGAAGGCUGACAGAUUGGACCUGCUGGUGUGGGUAGCAUCGCUGAUUUCCACCCUCAUCUUCAACCUGGACCUGGGUCUGGCCGUGGCUGUCGUCUUCUCUCUGCUCACUCUCGUGUACAGGACGCAACACUCCUCCACGGUUGUUCUGGGUCACAUUGCUGGAACAGACUGUUACAGAGAUGUGGGGCGUUAUCUGGAGGCCAAGCCAGUUCCUGGAGUAACUGUACUCUCGUGUUCCAGUCCACUUUACUUUGCCAACUCAAAACUGGUCUUCACUGAGAUGAGACAGACAGUAAGUCGUGCCCAGAGGGAGAACCAGGCUGACAGCCACACCUCUGCUCCCUGCUCAUCCCAGACAUACACGCAUUUCUUGGUUUUGGACCUCAGCUCAGUCACAUUUGUGGACUCUACAGCCAUGACGGCACUUCGCAAGGUUGUAGAAGACUUGGACCUGCAGGGCGUCGGUGUGUUUCUGGCAGCGUGCACAGAAAGAGUUUUAUCACGGCUCCAAACUCAGGGUUGGAAACAAAACAGCCUGCCCAGCUUCGGUGUCUUCCCAUCGGUCCAUCAUGCUGUCCAACACUGUCUGUCCACCAUGUCCACAUCAGUGGAGGAAAUCAGCUUGGAUGCAAGUGAGAUAUCUGAAUCGACAGUACAAGCGUGACACAUUAUAUCUUUUAUCUAAAACCUUUUUCUCAUAUCUUUUUAUUAUCUUAUCUCUUAUUUUAUCAUAUCUUUGUCCACGUCUCCCACAUUUCCAGACAAUAAAUGUGACAGUUCUUCAGUUUGCACCAAUACUGACUGAGAGUCGUGCCUUGCAGAUUUAAUUUAAGAGGUUUCAUAAAAAUAUAUAAUAUAACAAAUAAUUCAUCUGGCUACUUCUGUCAGCAACCAGAUCGUCAAUGAACACCGGCGAGGGCCUUGCACUGGCAGCCAAACAUGCCCAUACCACGACACUGCCUCCACCAUGCUUGUUACUUCAUAAGUUGAAAAGCAUAUGAUGUUUGAGGGGGAUUUUAGGUUUCCCAGAAAACCCUUCGAUUCUUCUAAAACUUCUGGGAAAUAAAAAAACAAACAAGACAUUACAUUACAAACCAUACAGGCAGUAUUGGCAAAUAUAAAGUACCUUCAUGAAUUCAUAGCAUGUUUAUUCCUUGACUUGUGUUGAUGAUGACACAAGUAACAUUUUCAACAUUACUUGACUUUAUUGUUUUUUUUUGGAUAUUCAUUAAUGCGAACUCUUAAAGCAGCACAAAGGAACUUUUUUUAGCUCAGUGUAGGCCACCUACAGAUACUUGCAGAAGGUUAAACUGCUUUUACAACGCUGUCCUGUCUCUGAUUAUUUUUUUUUCUAUCAUUAUAAUAUUGAAUCUUGAAUCUCCUAAAUGCCUCUGGCUGAGCCACAAUGGACUAAAUUCAUUGUUGUUGUUGAUUAACGUAGCGGUGUAAAUGAUAAACUGUUAUCAAAGAGACAUCUGGGAUGUACUUUGUCUGGUUCUUUGCCAAUAGGAGGGACAGAUAACCACAGCACUAUAGAAAUAAAUAUGCCUUCAAAUGACAUUGAAAAUUAUAUUUUAACAUAAAAGGAUAGCCAUUUGUCCUGCUUUAAGGUUUGGCCACAACAUUUCAAUUGGAUUGAGCUCUGAACUUUGACUAGGCUAUUCCAAAACAUUGAAUCUGUCCUUUUUCGGCCAUUGUGAUAUAGAUUUUCUGGUGUGAUUCAGGUCAUCGCCCUUUUGCAUGACUUAAUUUUCAACCAAGCUCUAGUUGUCAGACGGCUUCACAUUUGCCUCUAAAAUAAUCCAGAGUCUGUUAGAUCUUCAUGAACAUCUUUUGCAGUCAAACAAGGGCUUUCAUUAGCAAUUUUCUCUGAAAGUUUUUCAAAGCUAAACUUUAUGUGCAUGUUUCCAAAUGAUAGAUGUCUACAGGCCUAAGCCAUAUCAAAAUUAUUAGUUGCUAGUAAAAUGUAUUAGACCUCUGAUAUGUCAGUGUGGACCAUUUUUCUCUUUUCCACUUUAAACUUGAAUAAAAAAAGUAAAACAAGACAAAUCUAAGUUAGAAUUAUUUUAAAGGACUUUACAUUUCAUGCUUUUUGAGGAUCAGUAUACUGACUAAAGCAUUUGCAGAAACAGAAUGUUUGACUGGGAUUGCUCUAGCAGUUUAAAAUGUUUGUAUAAAAAAGAUGUUAUAACAUCAAUACUUUAUAUUUCAUAGCCAAUGACUCUGCGGACACAGAUUUUUACUCAGGGUAUCGAAAAAGCUGUGUCUUCGGGCGGCUCGGUGGCGCAGUGGGUUAAGCAGUGGCUCAUAUACUGAGGCUACAGUCCUCCUCCAGGAGCGGUCGCAGGUUCGAAUCCCGGCCUGCGCACCUUUGCUGCGUGUCUUUCCCGUUCUCUCUCUCUACCCCUUUCCAGUCUGCAUCUUCAAUAAAGGGCCACUAGAGCCCAAAAAAAUCUUAAAUUUAAACUAUGUUAAUUUCAGUACUAUUAUGUAACUAUAGUUUUCUCUCUUUAUUUUUCACGUUUUCAUCAUUUAAAGCUCCUCAAAUUGCCUAGUUGCUGAAAUGUGCUCUACAAAUAAUUUUUCUUUAAUACAAUCAAUAACAUGCCAGAAGCCAGUUUUCUCAUCAUUGUAUGAAGCUUUUUUUUUUUUAAACAUAUAUAUGAGGGGGUGGGGGGCUCCCAGCCACCCGGCAUAGGCCGAUCACGAGGCCGAGACACACAGCGGACACCGAAGAAGCCCCACAAUCCCCACAGACGCCGGGGCACGUCCCCCUCACCCCAACGACGACCGCCCAAGGCAGCAAUGCCCCCCCCAGCACAGGUAGCCACCCCCCACCCAAGCAGAGGCCAGCCCCCCGAUGUGAAAAGCUCCAGGCUCAGCCCACACUGGAAUGGUCCGGAGAACCGCUCAAGGCAAGUGGUCGCCACCCAGGCCAUUCUCAACCACCCCACCCGCUGCCACAAGGUAACACCCCGUAAACCACCAAAGUCCCCACCAGGCCAGGGACAGAGCUCCGCGGUGACACCCCCCCCCCUGACUGCCCACCAACCAAAGGCCACUAGAAGCCCGUAUCCGAGCGACCCCCAGUCAACCCCCAAUUCCAAGAGUUACAAAAUCACCACCCACCCGACCCCACUAGAUAAUGAAGCCUAUAAACGGGGACCAGAGAGAAUGCAUUUCUGCCGAAUGCUGUUUAGUGGAAGCAGACAUAAUAUCUCACUACUUAUAUGAUCUGACAAAAGAUUCCUAAAUUGAUUAAUACCUAGAUUAAAAUUUUCUUUCCAGUUCAUUAGAAUGGUUUUCUUUGCGAUACACAAGGCAGUGUGAGCCAAGUUAGGUUCCAUGUGGAUGUCACCCAGGUGACCUAGUAUGCAUAGUGCUGGGCACACUGGAAUUCUGCAAUUGAGCCAUGUGGAUAAAUAUUCACAUACUUCCAGCCAAAAUGUUCUGCACAGCUGCACAAAACCAUAAAGCAUGCAUAUAAUUAUCAGGGGUGUUCUCUGUGCACUGUGAGCAGAUAUUAGAGGUCGCAAAACCCAUCUGGAACAUCCUUUGUCCUGUUUAAUGUGUUAUGUAAAGAAUGUUGAAUUGUAUAAGUUGCAAGUUUGGAUUCUUGCUCAUGGUGAAAGUAUUUAAACAUAUUCGUGACCAAAAAAUUUGAUUAGUGUUAAGAGAUAAGUCAGCCUCCCAUUUUGAGAUCAGAAGAGUGACUGAGUUAUCUAUUUUGAACAUUGAUCUGUAUAGUUUUGAUGGUAAUUUGAGGGUGUUUAGAUUAAGUUGGGAAGUUGCAGAUCCGGUUGGUUGAGUUUAUAUUUUUUACUUAUUAUGGACUUGAGUUGUUCUAAAAAUGUGUUACUGCUCAUCCCAUAUUGAACAGUGAGUGUGUUAAAAGGUACAACAUUUUAUGAUUAUAUGUUGUAAAUACUUCAUUCCUUGGUCUCUCCCCAGAGUGAAGUUUACUGUCUAUUUAUUAUUUUUCAGAAUGUCUGGAUUGUCAGAAUGUCUCUACAAAUAAACUUACCUCAGCUUGCUUCAUUUGCAUUUGUCAGGCUCUGUUUUUCAGAACAUUCAGAAGUGAAGAGCUCGAGUAAUCUUCAGCUCUUCUUUAUCUCAACUCUGGUCUU